AUGGCGACGGAGCUCUUAUGGAAUUUCAAGAGGUUUCAAGCCCCGACGGUUCUGAGCCAGCUGGAUGCAGAUCUGAUGCUUAUGGCUGCUGAAGCUGGUCCAACAGAUGUAAUUGAUAUUCGAUUCGAUGGGCAUAUUUGUAAUUUGAAGAGGGAAGCUGAAGUAUUCGGGGUUUUAGGUGUGGUUGAAUUCCGGAUGUAUAAGAUAUCGGGACGGAAGGCUCGGUGGAAGGGCCGAGUCCUGGACCGAUCUUUGUCAUCCGACCUUUGCCAUGACAGGGUCUCCCCUCUGCUGUGUGUGCGCGCUGUGUGUCGUCCUUUCUCUUUGUUCUGUGUUUUAUUUUUUGCUCUCUUCUCCAUGCACACCAGUCGGGCACGGAUUGUGGACAUCAACAACAACGAAAUCUCGCGCCCAAAGCUAAUUACAUUGAGUUGA